ACUUUAGCUGCAGCCUGCAGCCGCAGGACAGCCGUCAAAACACGUUUCUAGGGGAAAAAAACACCUGCAGUGAGGAGUUACGUCCAAGUCCAGGCUUCUUUACCGACUGUUUUUUAAUUUUAAUAAAAGGGUAAAGUGCGAGAUAAAUGUAUCUCUCUAGUUUUUCCAGAAAGUUCCACAUUUCUGCCGCUUUGAGGUAAAUAAGCGUCGGUUUUUUCCGUGGGAAACGUCGAAAUAUCGUGGCUGUAAGGACGGAUCAUGCUGUUUUUGAGGCUGUCAGGAGAACCCAUCGCCUCCAUCGAUCCCUGACCCCGGAAUCGCACCGGAGACCCAGUAAGCUUGGCUGAACUCGACCUGCUUCAGACGUCGAGGAAGAAACUGGACUCGUCUGGCGCAGCGUCCAGACCAAAGAUGGAGUUAGCGCGGCGGGAGGAGAGGGAGGUGAAGGAGGGCGGGAUGCAGGAAGAGCAGGACGCUGGGAGCCGAACCCCGGGCCUCCUGGGGAAGGCCCACCCGGCCCUGAAGGCGUUCCUGUGUGGGUCCCUGAGUGGAACCUGCUCCACGCUGCUGUUCCAGCCUCUGGACCUGGUGAAGACUCGGCUGCAGACGCUGCAGAACUCCGCCCAGCCCGGGACGCCGAAGCCGGGCAUGUUCACCGUCUUAGUCAACGUCGUCAGGACGGAGAACUUCUUCGGCCUGUGGAAAGGAGUUUCCCCGUCGUUCGUGCGCUGCAUCCCCGGCGUGGGCAUCUACUUCAGCACCUUCUACUCCCUGAAGCAACGCUUCUUCGUGGACCGGGCUCCCAACGCCGGGGAGGCGGUGCUGCUGGGGGCCGGGGCCCGGACCGUGGCCGGGGUCUCCAUGCUGCCGUUCACGGUGAUCAAGACGCGCUUCGAGAGUGGCCGGUUCGACUACGUGAGCGUGGCCGGGGCCCUGAGGAGCGUGUACCAGACGGAGGGGGUCCGGGCCUUGUUCUCCGGACUCACCGCCACGCUGCUGCGGGACGCUCCGUUCUCCGGCAUCUACGUCAUGUUCUACAGCCAAGCUAAGAGAGGACUGCCCCACGAGGUGACGGCGGCGGCCUACGCCCCCCUGGCCAACUUCAGCUGCGGCGUGAUGGCGGGCGUCAUGGCGUCGCUGGCCACGCAGCCGGCAGACGUGGUGAAGACCCACAUCCAGGUCCGGCCGUCCCACUGGAGCACCGCGGACGCCGUCCGCUACAUCCUCAAGGAACACGGCCUGCGCGGGUUCUUCCGGGGGGCGGUUCCCCGGUCUCUCCGCCGGACCCUCAUGGCCGCCAUGGCCUGGACCGUCUACGAGCAGCUGAUGGCUCGGAUGGGCCUCAAGUCCUGAGGCCCGGCGGCGGCGGCGUGGAGCCGCAGGAGAAGACGGAGAGGUCAGGCAGGGGUCACGUGACUUUGAUUCAGACGUGUGUGUGAGUGUGUUAUUUAAGUGUUGAACAUGUGUGUGUUGUGAGAUUGUGACGUCACGCCUGACAAACUCUGGCCAGGCUGUGAUCCUCCCUGCUGUGGCGUGAUCCUUCCCUCAGAUACAAGGGGGGGGCAGAGACCCUCCGGGGGCCCGAGGUGUUUCUAAAAUACCCAGGAUGCUCAGCGGGCCGACGUGGCCCCGGAACGAGAACCGCUCCGGCUUCUGCCGCGUUCCUGAAACCGGCAGCAGAUUGAGCGAAGAGCCGGUUUGUUUUGAUUCAGACAAUCACAAGAACUCACACAGCUGCAUUGUGGGAAAUACUUUCCAGGUGACUCCAAUAAUCACAUCGAAGCCUUCGUCUCCGAACCUGCUCAAAACUAUGCUAAUAACUUAACAAAUAAUGGUGCACUUUUAACCCGCCAAAAUAAAACCGGAUAUACUUUAUUUUGAAAUAAAUAUAUCAAAGCCUGACCUGUCACAGAGGCUCUUGUAGAUCAGGAGUUUAAAGAUUUUAGUAAUGUAUAUUCUUAAUAUUAGGCGUUUGUAGCCGGCGGAGUUUCUCCUCCCUGUCGUGGUGGUUUUUUUGUGGAUAAAUGUGGAUGAUUUUCAUGAGUGUUGAGAGCAAACCACAUGUAUUUUUCAAAUCCGGUUCUGGUCAGAGGGGACCACCCUCCAGUGGAGAGAGCUGGUACUGCAGGACGACCCGUCUCAAACUCCCCCUCAACAAAACACGAGUACUUUUACAAGUUCAUCUUGUCUAACCUGUUGAUAAACACAGAACUGAACUCUAAAUAUUAGAUUAUUUUUAACAUUAUUUCCCUAAAUAUCAGCUUUUAAGUUUGUUAUCGAUUAACUUUUACCUGGUUGCAUUUACUGAGGUGUGCCGUUGCCAUGGCGACCGUUGCUUCAAGAAGGUCAGAUAAUGAUGCGUGUUAUUGAUGUACGUGAUCGUAUGAUGAUGAUGAUGACGAUGAAGGUUGCAGGUGACAUCACACCUGUUCAGGAGCGACGCGCCUCAGAAACACAAACUGCAUCUGACUGUGCCAUAAAUCUGCUAAAUGUUGUGACGUGGGUGUAAAUACUUCAUCUGUGCACGUUUGCUCUGACGGUGCCUGAUUUCUUUUUUGUAAAUAAAUUCCUGUUUUCUUAA